AUGCCACCGCUCGCGUUGCUGGCCGAGGAGCGGCAAAAAACGUUCAGUGGCAUCCUGAAAAGCGUCGCCCGGGACCAGUUGUCGAACAGGUGGCAGGCAACUUGGGACAGCUCGGGGAAAGGGAGAUGGACCUACCGGCUCAUGAGGGAGCUCAAACCGUGGUUGAGGAGGCAACACGGUGAAGUGUCGUACCACCUGAGCCAGGUGCUGACGGGUCAUGGUUUCUUCGGUGAGUAUCUGAAGCGGUUUGGUAAAACAGAUAACGAUAGGUGCGCGCUGUGUGGGGCGGCUCCGGACGGCGCGGAACACGCAGUAUUCCAGUGCGACGCGUUCCACCAAUGGCGCGUCGAAGCCUGCGUUUACUUGGACGUCGACCAGCUUGCGCCAGAAAACCUCACACAUAUAAUGUUGAGGUCAAACUCGGAUUGGCAGAGGGUGUCUGCGUUGAUNAAACUCGGAUUGGCAGAGGGUGUCUGCGUUGAUAGGGAGGAUCAUGGCGGCCAGGGAGCGGGAGGAAAGGUCAAGGCAGCAGGGACCCGGCUGUGCGCGGUGAAGGAACCGGAGUACGAGAGCGGCGGAAUGAGAUCGGCUCUUGAAAAAUGGUCAUGCACGAGAAUCCAAAGCGGCGGACUCAGGUCGGCUUGCGAAGACCCCCGAGAAAUCCAGAUAGAAGACGGUUAA